AUGGCGGAAGGGCAGCGGACCCAGCUGGGCGACCUGCUGACGAACGCCAAGGGCGGCAAAUUCCUGCCCCUCAGAGGCCCCGAUGGCGCGGCGCCGUGCUGGCGGUCGCCGGACUGGCUCAAGAUCAUCUGGCACCCCGCGGCCUUCGGGGACCAGGAGGCCCGCCGCGUGAACGUCUGCUUCGAGCCCGACGCGCCCACCGUGGAGUUCUUCGAGGGCUUGGAGCACGAGCUGGUGAACCUCCUGGCCGCCAAGUCGGCGCAGGAGCCCAAGGCCUUCGGCAAGACCCUGGCGGCCUCCGACGUCCAGGCCCGCGUGCAGUCGUGCCUCAAGGCCUCGCAGCGGGGCGGCUCCUUCCUGAAGGCCAAGUUGAAUUGGGACCGCGUGCGCUUCUGGGACGCGGACGGCCAGCCGCUGGAGAGCCCGGGCGACCUCGCGGGGCGGCUGGCGAAGGUGCGCGUGGAGCUGCGGCAGGUCUGGCUGAUGAGCCCGCAGUGCGGCCUGCUGCUGGAGGUGACCGACCUGCAGCUGCGCGAAGCGGCCCCGGAAUGCCCCUUCUAA